CACAGUUCAUGGACUUCUACUAGUGUGGCUGUAAAGACCCAUCUUUAAUCUUAAUCAUUUGAGAUGAAAUCGACCUUCAGCUGCUUGGUGACUGUGUACACCUUUAACCCAAGCACUCAGGAGGCAGAAACAGUUGGAUUUUCCCGAGUUUGAGGCUGGCCUUGUCUACAGAGUGAGUUCCAGGGCUACACAGAUAAGCCCUGUCUUGAGAACACUAAAAAAGUUUAAGAUCCACAUUUAAUCUGGAUUCCACCUUCGGUGGCAGACUACAUAUAUAAAGUAUAUUGAAAGAGGAAGCUCUCUCUCUCUUUGCUUCCUUGCCCUAGCACUAGCUAUCAAGUUCAUUCCUGCACCAGCAUUACAGCCUACUUCCUUGGUAUUUUGGUGUAUACUGAAGACCAACUGAAAUAUCUAGCCUCAUGAAAUGAACAACUAUUGGACUCUUCAAAUUUCCAUUGGUAGGCAGACAUUGUUGGGCUACCUGGACCACAGCUUGUAAGACAGUCUAUUAAAUCAACUUUGUACAUACAUGGAGAGAUUCACUCUACGAAUCCUGUUCUUGUAGAGGAGCUUGAAUAAUACAGUUUGUUUUCUUUUUAAUUUGCCCACUGAGGAAGAUGUGCUGGCUAACAAUGGUGCUCAUAAACACAUUCUUCCUUGCUCCAUUAUCCACUAAGUAUUCAACUUUCCAUGAAGGCUACUCUUUAUUAUUAUUUAAUUACCCAACACUUUGCUCUGAAUUUCAGGAAUAAAACUCCUUAGGCAAUGGAGCCAUCAUCCAGCUUUCUAAUGGGAGGAAAAACCUAUUAUCUUGUUUGUGAUCUAGUUUCUGUUAUUCUUUCCUGGUUGUCUGAAGUCCCUGUGACAAGCAGGUAAAAAGUACAUUCAAUUCACCUGACCUCAGCAUGAAGCCACCUAACAAAGAUCUCCUUUUGUGUGCUUAAAUCUUUCUUUAGUUGUUAAUAUUCUGGGUAUCCAUCCUCCUGUGUGACAGGGAAUCACUCCACUCCACAUAGUAUAGUGUGCUGUAAAAGCUAGCUACCCACAUUGUGUCCAGGAGGAUGAAGGGGAAGGGCCUAUGGAGGGUAGGAAGAGAGCAGGGUCUGCUGUUAGAGCCAGGGGCAGGUGCCAUUGAAAUGUGUCUCUCUGCUGGUUCAGAAAAGGUCUGGGUCUGGGUUGGAAGGCAGGGUCAGAAAUCAUUGUGCUGUGUCUUUAAGCACAGUGGGAGGUGCUCUUGUCACUCAGGUCUCACUAGCCAAUCAGGCCCUCCAGGUGACCUGCCAGUCAGAACUUGUGCAGGGUCUUUCCGGUCACCAGCUUCAGGCUCGGCUUUGAAGAGAAGCUGGCGCCAGUGGUUUUGUGUGCUGUGCUGUGAGUGCUGCUGCAGGGAGCUGAGCAGAGAGCAUGGGCCAGCUGGAAAACCACGACAUGAGUGGACCUUGCUGGAUCCUUCCCAGAAGAAUCUCUACAAAGAUGUGAUGCUGGAGACCUACAGGAACCUCACUAGUAUAGGAUACAUUUGGGAAGACCAUAAUAUUGAAGAAUAUUGUCAAAGUUCUAGAGGACAUGAAAGGCAAGAAAGAAGUCAAACCGAAGAGAUACCUUCUGUAUACACUCAAUGUGAUAAUGCCUUUGCAUAUCCCAGUACUAUUCAAUUGCAUAAAAGAACAAAUACUAGUGAGAAUCUUUAUGAAUGCAAUCCAUGUGUUAAAGCCUUUGCAUAUCAUGGUCAUCUUCAAAAGCGUAAAAGAGCACAUACUGGAGAGAAACCUUAUGAAUGUAAUCAGUGUGAUAAAGUCUUUGCACAACACAGUCAUCUUCAAAGACAUAAAAGAACCCAUACUGGAGAGAAACCCUUUGUAUGUAAUCAAUGUGGUAAAGCCUUUAUAUGUCAUAGUACUCUUCAAGUGCAUAAAAGAACACAUAGUGGAGAGAAACCUUAUGAAUGCAAUCAAUGUGGUAAAGCGUUUAUAUGUCAUAGUCAUCUUCAAAUGCAUAAAAGAACACACACUGGAGAGAAACCCUAUGAAUGCACUCAAUGUGAUAAAGCCUUUGCACGACUCAGUCAUCUUCAAAGGCAUAAAAGAACACACACUGGAGAGAAACCCUAUGAAUGUAAUCAGUGUAGUAAAACCUUUGCAGAUAAUACUGGUCUCCGAAUACAUUCAAUAACCCAUACUGGAGAGAAACCCCAUGAAUGUAAUCAGUGUGAUAAAGCAUUUGCAUAUUACAGUCAUCUUCAAUUUCAUAAAAGACUACAUACUGGAGAGAAACCCUAUGUAUGUAAUCAAUGUGGUAAAGCCUUUGUAUUUCAAAGUACUCUUCAGAUGCAUAUAAGAACCCAUACUGGAGAGAAACCCUACAAAUGUGCUCAAUGUGGUAAAGCCUUUGCAUGGCGGAAAAGUCUUCAAAUGCAUAAAAGAACACAUACUGGAGAGAAACCCUAUGAAUGUACUCAAUGUGGUAAAGCCUUUACACAACACAGUAAUCUUCAAGGGCAUGAAAGAACACAUACUGGAGAGAAACUCUAUCAAUGUAAGCAAUGUGGUAAAACCUUUACACAUUACAGUCGUCUUCAAAGGCAUGAAAGAACACACACUGGAGAGAAACCCUAUGAAUGUAAUCAGUGUGGUAAAGCCUUUGCACAACACAGUCAUCUUCAAAGCCACAAAAGAACCCAUACUGGAGAGAAACCGUAUGAAUGUAAUCAGUGUGGUAAAGCCUUGGCAGAUCACAAUAGUCUCCGAAUACAUGAAAGAACCCAUACUGGAGAGAAACCCUAUGUAUGUAAUCAAUGUGGUAAAGCCUUUGUAUGUCACAGUACUCUUCAAGUGCAUAAAAGAACACAUAGUGGAGAGAAACCGUAUGAAUGUACUCAGUGUGGUAAAGCAUUUGUAUGUCAUAGUCAUCUUCAAGUACAUAAAAGAACACACACUGGAGAGAAACCCUAUGAAUGCACUCAAUGUGAUAAAGCCUUUGCACGACUCAGUCAUCUUCAAAGGCAUAAAAGAACACAUACUGGAGAGAAACCUUAUGAAUGUAAUCAAUGUGGUAAAGCCUAUGCAGAUCACAAUAGUCUCCGAAUACAUGAAAGAACCCAUACUGGAGAGAAACCCUAUGAAUGUAAUCAGUGUGGUGAAGCCUUUGUGCGUCCCAGUCAUUUUCAAAGACAUAAAAGAACACAUACUUGAUAAGCCUUAUGAAUGUAAUCAUUGUGAGGGAUACAGGAUCAUCAAAAAAGUGGCAUGGCAACAAGUGUCAGACAUGACAGCUAUUUCAGGAAGCUAAAAACUGACAUCCUUAACUGCAGCAUCAAGCACAGAGUGGGAACUGGAGAUGGU